AUGUCUGGCAACAACGUGGAAGAGAAAGUGAAUCAUGCAUCUAACAGCAAAGGCAUCUCUCUUCCAAUGACUCGUGUAAAACUGAUCAUGAAAAGUUCUCCCGACGUCUCAAGCAUCAACCAAGAGGCUCUUCUCCUCACCACCAAAGCAACAGUAAGUUUAGUUCAGUCGGCUGUUUGUUUAUUGGCUUAGCUAUGCUAGCUAGCUAAUGCUAUAUUAGCUAACGUUACGUAUUAGCUAGGCCUACAAGGUAAUUUUGCAGUAAGGUCUGAAAUGAAUGUAUACAUAUACAGACAGUACUAGCUAGCUACUUUCAUUAGCUCGAACUUCAAUCUCGUGAAGUUUACUAGUUAAGGUAGUUAACUAACCCUGAAUGGUUGUAACAGUUAGCUAGCUAACUAACGUUAGCCCCUGUAGUGUCUGAAGGUCUAUUGAUUUAGCUGAUGUUUGCAAAUGGUGUAAUAGAUGAACUUUACUCUGCUUUGCUGAAGCAUUUGGAAAAGCAUUGCUACAUAGGUUUCUUGGAAUAGAGGACAUUUGGAGAUAUGUGAAAGCCGGGGAUUGGUUUAUUAAAAUCACGCCAUACUAUGUCACAUAGGAUAUAAAUACCAUGUCGUAAACAAAGAAGGGAGGAGACAACAUAUUGGAUCAACAGAUUGGCCGUUUCUCUCCAGAUAUAACUGCAGAUAUCUGUAAAUUAAUACUGUGAACUUUGAUACAAUAAAUCUUUAUAAUCAAAGAACAGUGUAAGCGGACUUCUUAUCAUCACAGCAUAAUUAGCAACGUUGACUUGGACACCACACCCCGAAGUGACAUUACUGUUGUUGCACAGAAAGUGGAAAUAUCUUUGGCUGUAACUUCAACGAAAAUAGGGUGUAAAUUUAACCUGUAGUUAAUGCAGUGCCUAAAAUUAACACCCGCCAAAUGCGGGUAGAUUCUGUCAUUGGCGGGUAAGAAUGUCUAAUUCAGCAGCCAUGUUGGCGGGGGGGUCACACUCGGGGCUCAACAGUGCGAGUAAUUAAUAAAAAAUAGUCAAGUAUGGGCACGUUGGGGUUUAUAUCAAAAUAAAUGCAGAAGUUGCUGUUUUCAAAGUAUUUCUGCCGUUUUUGUUUCUUAUCUGGUUAUGCACAAAGAUCUGAAUCCUAACGUUAAAUCUAUCCCAUCUCGCGCAGCAAAACUGCCUGUAUCUACCUGCCACAGUGGCUGGUAGACAAAAACGUUUUAAUCUUUGCUACCAUGUGGAAGGCAGAGACCGUGGAGGACUGAAAAACAGCUUCUAUCUCCAGGCCAUCUGACUGUUAAAUAGUCACCACUAGCUGGCCUCAGCCCAGUACCACUGCCCUGAACCUUAGUCACUGUUACUACUGGCUACCACCUAGUACUCAACCCUGCAUCUUAGAGACUGCUUCCCUAUGUACAUAGUCAUUGAACACUGGUCACUUUAGUAAUGUUUACAUACUGUUUUACCCACUUCAUAUGUAUAUACUGUAUUGUAGUCAAGGCUCACCUUAUAUAACUACUGCUGUCCCUACCGUUUCUAUUCAUAUACUGUCCAGAAUGUCUAUAAACACAUCAUAUACAUAUAUAUUUAUAUUCCAGACUCUGACAUUGCUCUUUCUAAUAUUUCUUAAUUACUUUAUUUACAUUUUUGGGAUUUGCAUGUAUUGUUGGGUAUACUACUGCACUGUUGGAGCUAGGAAGCAUUUCGCUAGACCUGCAAUAACAUCUGUGAAAUAUGUGUAGGUGACCAAUAGAAUGUGAUUUUAUGUGGCUGUAGUGUAUCCUCCUUCAGAGCCGUGUAAAUAAAAGACUGCCCUCCAUCCUAAUGAUGUCACUGUUAAUAAAUGGGAACUGUCCCGUGUAAUAACUUGAUUCAUCUCUCUUCUAGGAACUGUUUGUUCAGCACCUAGCUCUCUCCUCGUUCAACAAUGGAUCAGGGAAAGACAAGACACUCUCGUACAGUGAUCUGGCCAAUACUGUUGAGGAGACAGAGACUUUUCAGUUUCUCACAGGUACAGAACUAUUGUCACCACCACCAGUAACUGCCAUUCUCUUCUCUCUGAACAUGGAUGAUCAUGACACUGAGAUAAAGUAAAUCUGUUCCGUAUACCGUUUGCAGAUAUCCUACCAAAGAAGAUCUUGGUUCGGGAUUACCUGAAGCUUCUAGAGGAAAAUCCAAUUGAGGAAGCAGACAAUUGA